AUGGUUCCCAUCUGGGCCAGAGCCACCACCAUUGUCAUCACCAUCCUCGCCGUCUUCAACAUAAGCCGCGCUGUCCGGCCAGCUCCUCCGUCCUUUGCCGAGACCAAAACCGAAAAGCCCAUUAGAUCAGAAACAAUCUACAAAGUCUCCGACAACCUGGCCGCAAUCUGCACCGCCUACGCCGCCCUCCUUUCGUUCACCGCCUCCCCGCACCCUCCCUCUCUCUACCAGUACCUCUCCGUCGCCGACUGCGCCCCGCCUAAACGCUGCCCUGCCCACGCCGUAUAUCUCGCCAUCGAGGACAGACUCAUCCAGAACUUUCCUCCGGAGCCUGGCCGCUUCUCCCGCGCCACAGCCGUCAACGCGUUGGUCACUGCCGUGCUCCUCGACGAGGAGACAAGAACCGUAUACGAUAACGUCUUUGAGCCCGCGCUUCGUAGCGCUAGGGACAGGAGUGCCGUUCUAAGGGCGCAUUGCGGACAAGAUUCGGCAGCGCAUGAAACAGCAGAGACUGAACAGCUCCAAGGUUACCUUAGUAGAGGCGAGUCGUCCUUCGGUGAACACAAGUGGUCCAUCGGUAGAGACAAGUCGUCUAUCGGUAGAGACGAGUCGUCAACGGGAUGUCAGUCAGGCCAGCUCAGGGACCACACCGGAAGAAACCAGAAGCCAGCAGGAUUCCGGUCAGGUACAAGACAAGACAGCCUGGCUGCAAACAUUGUGGAAUACGACCUCCUCGUUGAUGUUCAUGACCCACGGCUUGUUCCCGUACCUGUGCUCACGUACAGUCUUCUGGCCGCCUGGGCAGCUUAUGGCACGGAUUUCCCACCGCUGACAGUCUCCGAGACCGCCCCCAUCGCCUCCUUCGAGUCGUCCCUCCGUAAGGCCUUCAACUCAUUGGCCGGCGUGCAGCGCAACGCCAAGAACCUUCUCCAAGACAUCCACACCCGUCCCGCCGGUUCGGUACGGUGGUGGAGCAUUUCCAACACGCCCGCCGCUACAGCUCGAGAGCGCGUCUUGCGCCUCAUAGUCGUUCUCGAGGGCGGGCUGCGGUCCUUGGAGACGCUCGAAUCGAGUCUCGCGGCGAACGUGCUCGAACAGACGUUCAAACCGAUGUCGGCCACCUGCGAGUGGGACCGCAAAUUGCGCAAGCAGGAACAGGCACUGCGUGGGGAGCUGGUCUACAUUGGGGAUGACACCGAGCGGGAGGUAACGCUGCACGAGGCGCUGGAGAGCGUGACACCCCACAGCGCCUCAGCGCGUAUCGCGUGCCGGGUCACAGAGAUAUCGACAGAGCAGCUGCGUACGUUGCGGGGGAGGCUGCAGCGGGGAGCGGUGCCAAAGAUGGUGGAGCUGGGCAGGUCCGCACAGUUGUUGGCGGCGGAGGGCAGAGCGAAAGGAAGAUGGGCAACAGAGGCAGAUGUGGCACGAUGGGAGGAGGAGGUCGUUCAGCUUGCGGUGGAUUUUGAGAAAGUUGUUGCAGAGGCGUGGAAGGGAUGGGACGGGGAAUUUCGCGGGUCGCUGUAA